UAGAGAGCUUCGUUUAAUAUCAUUCUCAUCAUUUUUUGCACUUAAUGAUUGGGCAUAUGCAAUCUAGUUCUAUUUUCCUCUCCUUGCUGAAUCUGACACUAGUGUUCUGGAAUGGCUAAUUCUAUGGUGUCCCAUGUGAAAAAUGUUUGGAGUGCUACAUAUUCCCUAGGUAUACAUUAAAAUACGUUUCGUUAAGGGUAUGCCAAUCCUGUGGCAAAUGAAAUACCACUCAAAUCUGAUAAAGAAAAAGGGUAAAGGGCUGGAGAUGAGAGUAUGAAUCACAGUUGUGUUGGUUGUAUACUUGAAGUGGUGGUUAAAGUAAACAGGAUCGGCCUAUGGUCUUAUUAACAUGGGUCCUGACUUGUUUAUUUGGCGUUGUGGUGUUUGGUUAUGUACCGUGUGACUUUUUGGGACGAGAUGGUCGGACUUGGGGACCAAACUAGGUUGGUUAUGAUUCUUAUGAACGAAAGUGGCUAAAGAUCUUGGUGCAUUUGAAUGCAAACUUUGGGAUAAAUAAGGAAGUUGAACUGCCACUUGCAAAACAAAUGCAGUUGUGUAACGAGAAAUGGGACUCUGGGAAUGAUACAUAUCUUUCUAAAUCAAGAAGCUUACAACUACAGUUCUUGCAUAAACUCUCUCUUCCAGUACUGACCGGAACAAAAAUUAAAGGAGAGAAAAACACCUCUAUUGGAAUAGCUUUAUAUGAUGUUUUCACAGGACAAGUUGUUAACUCUGGCCCUGAAGCCUCAACAAAGGUGGAAAUAGUAGUUCUUGAGAAAGAUUUUAAUGGUUAUGAGGGAGAUAGUUGGUCACUUGAAGAGUUCAAUAGUAAGAUUGUCAGGGAGCGCAAAGGAGGAAAAACUCUUCUUACUGGAGAUGCUUAUCUGACGCUUAAGGCAGGUAUUGGUUUCGUUGGUGACAUUUGCUUCAGGCAUACCAAAUGCUGGAUGAGAAGGAAUGAAUUCAGGCUUGGUGCAAGAACUGUGGAUGGUGCUCUUGGACUCAGGGUAAGAGAAGCAAAGACAGAUUCUUUCACUGUUGAGGAUCGCCGUGGAAAAUUGUACCAGAAGAACCAUCCUCCAUCUCUAUCUGAUGCAGUCUGGAGGUUGGAAAAGAUUGGCAAAGAUGGUACUUACCAUAUCCGUUUGAGCAAGGAAAACAUUAAUACGGUGAAGGAUUUCAUGACUCUACUCAACACAAACCCUCAGAGGCUAAAACAGAUCGUUGGUAUGCCUACUAAGAUAUGGGACAUCACUGUGAACCAUGCCCAGACGUGUGCACUUGACAAGAGGGCAUAUUUAUACUGCUCUCCCACCUCUCAACCAAAAACUGCUGUGGUUUUCAAUGUCGUGGGACAGUUUAUGGGGUUACUUGUGGAACAUGAGUUCAUUCCUGUGGAUAAGCUGUCCGAGACAGAAAAGGCUACUACCGACAAGUUGGUAGUUUCAGCAUUUCAACAAUGGGAGCAAGUAAUAUCAGUUGAUGAUGUGGCAUCUCUUAUGGCAAGCUCUCAGCAGCUGACUAAUGCUCAUCAUCACCCUUCAACCUCGACCACUCUUGAGAGUUCUAAUGGUGGCUGUAACUUUGAGACCUCUGAUACGUUUGAUAACCAUUCAACUGAAGUCAGUUCACUUGGGGGUGCAAGUACUUUGGAUGACUUCGCCUCUCUUGGUUUUGAAAACCUGGAUAAUAUUGGUGGAGUUGACUUGGAAUCUGUGGGACAAGAUAUCACAGAUGAGUAUCUAAACCUGGAUGGUUUUGGUGAUCUUCCUAGUGUUUUUAACCAGUCAAACCCUGUAAGUACAGGGAUUUUUGAUGGCCGUGCAAUUGUAGCUUCUCACAACCUUGCCAAAUUUGAUAAUCCACAACUGGAUGUCUCUUCUCAUGAGAUCAUGUCAUCCCCAUGCGAUAUCGAUUUCCUUUGCGAUUAUGAGUCCCAAAGUAUAGAUGAUAUCAGUAAUAGGUAUGAACAAACUUUGACUUUCACAAGCCCAGCCGCCAGCUCUUCACUCUGUGAUACCGAUUCCAUGAUUCAAGCCUUCAGCAAGUGUGACCAUCUGCAGAUUUCUGAUAAUCACUAUUCCCUUCAAUCUCAUGACGCAACUUCUGAAUUACAGGGUGGUCCACACAAUGCUGUUAAUGGCAUUCUUGUGGCUGGCUCUUCAGAUGUUACGAUGUAUAAAGCUCAGAUGUAUAAAGCUCAGAGAAGGUACUUGUCUAAAGCAAAUGCUCAGAGAAGAUGGAGGAUGUUAUUCAGCGUAAUGAGGUGGUUCUCAGUCAGGAGGAAUGUGAAUAGAGAAACACUUUUGGAAGAGAUGCAUAAAGAUCCAAAUGCUUCUCCGCAGACCAAUGUACAAAGUGCGGUCAAUGACAUUUUGUUUUCCAUGAACAAGGCUAAGAGAAGAUACUUAUCGAAAAAAGACAAAGCAAAGAGGAGAUGGAGGAUGUUAUUUAGCUUAAUGAGAUGGUUCUCAGUGAAGAGGAAAGUGGCCCGAAAAUCCCCAUUCAGGGAAAUUCCAAAAAGCCUUACUCCCUCUCCUGGAGACAUCACAUCUUCCAUCUAUUCCAAAGGAGGCAUGAAUAGCUUAAUCUAUGACCGACCUUUGAUUUUCCCAGUUUGUGACAUGACUCAGACGUUCAGUGAGGAUGAGUGUUUGCAACUUCUGGAUAAUAGUUGCUUCGUCCAAUCUCAGAACUCAGAGUCAGAAUCACCAGCCAACAUACACAGUGCAGUCAAUGACGCUCUGUUAGUUUGUUCUCCAGCUGUCCCCAUCAAUAAAACUCACAGAAGACACCUAUUAAAAAGAAAUAAAGCUCAGAGAAGAUGGAGAAUGUUAUUCAGUGUAGUGAGAUGGUUUUCUGUGAGGAGGAAUGUGGCCAGAAAAACCUCCACUGAAGAAAACCCACUUACACUGAAUGGCUUGGAUAAUGUUGGUAGUUUGCAAAGUACUAACUAUACAAAUUGUAGUUCUGAAGAACCUAUGCCAGGUCAAGUCACCAACUCCUUGAUCUGUGACAUGGAAACUAUGACUCAGGGAUUCCACAAUAAUGGAAAACUACAAAUCUUUGAUACUCAUGUUUCCCUCCAAUCGCAGAAUUCAAAUCCAGAAUUGCAGGCCAGUGCCAGUCUACAUGACAAUAUCAAUGACAUUCUAUUGGCUUGUUCUAGCUCGGUUGCUAUGAAUAAAGCUCAGAGAAGAUACUUGUCAAAAAGAAAUAAAGCUCAGAGAAGAUGGAGAAUGCUAUUCAGUGUGGUAAGGUGGUUCUCUGUGAGAAGGAAUGUGGCCGGACGUAGGCAUGCUAUAGAUAUGCGAAAAUUCUGCUAAUGGGCUAUUAUGACAAGCUGCUGUUCCAUUUGCCUUGGUUUGCACUUGGAGUAAGAUAAGAUGCCUGCAGAACCGGUAGUUGUGACCUCUGCCUGAUGGAAGACAAUAGCCGCCUCUCUUUUCAUUUUGUUGUUGUAUAUUUUAAUUUUUUGACUCUAGAGUAUAAGUUGUAAGGUUUAAAGGUGCUGGCUAGCCUAGUAGAAGUUUCUUAGUUGUCCUGGUAGAGGCUAGGGAUCAUAUUGUUUCCUAGUCUGGCUUCGGAGGGACUGCAUGAAGCUUAGUUGAUGUCUUCCUGAUUGUCAUUAGACUCAUCCAUAUAAAAUCAUUUAUCUACUGAUAUUCUUGUAAAUUAUAUUCUUUUUUAUUAGAUUGUAUGCACAUGACUUCAUUUCUC